AUCUACAGGGAAAAUUGUUCAAAUAAUUUUAAUUUAGAGAUGUGCACUUCAGCAUUUUCCUUUCGCUAUGCUCAGAUCACGAAUUAGUCAUAAUAGACAAUUAUCUAUGACGACAGGAACGGAUGGAUAGAAAUUACAUGUCAGAAAAUGUCGGGUCAAGUAAAUAUCUGCGAAAUUACUUCGGAAGUAAAACAAGCGUUGAAGGAGUUUCGGUUCAGCAAGGCCCAAUAUACCAGGGCGCUUGUGUUGAAAGUAGACCGAGAAAAACAGCAAAUAGUAAUUGAUGACACUCUCGAAGACACGACCAUUGAAGACUUGCAGGAAAGCCUUGCGAGUCAUCAACCAAGAUACAUUAUAUUAUCUUAUAAACAAGAACACAAAGAUGGGCGGGUGUCAUACCCCUUGUGUUUUAUAUUUUUUACGCCUAGAGACAGUCAUGCUGAACUGCAGAUGAUGUACGCUGGCUCUAAAAUAGCUCUUCAAAAAGAAGCAGAUGUUUCUCGAGCCUAUGAAGUUCGAGAACUGGAAGACUUGACGGAAGAAUGGUUAUUGUCUAAGCUCGGGAAUUAGUUAUUCUAAAAACACAAGGUUAAGAACAAUUUCUCAUUAGAUUUUUGAAGCAGUUUUUUCUUUUAGUCAUUAUUAUUUUGUUAUAAUUUAGGAUAACUGGUUCCUACAUUUUACACUGGAAGUUCACUCUGUACAUACAUUCCAAAUUGUAUAAUUUAAAUUUUGUAUAUAUCGCUUCAAAUUUUUACAAAAGCAUUGUCUUAUUUAAAUAAAACAUUAAUUAGUCUAGGUAAG